GACCAAACUGACGAAGAUCCAUGGAUUACUAGAAUCAAACAGAGCGGAUGUUUUCCACAGCAUGAAGCCUUGCAGGAUUGUUAUUUUGAUAAAAAGGACUGGAGACAAUGUAAAACUGCAAUGUCCGACUUUCGUGCAUGUUUUGCCAAACACAAC